UCAAAAUCUCAAGAAAUCUCAUCAUUCGAAAAAAUGAUUUUAAGAAACGAAUCUAUGAAAGAAUCAAUCGAUAUCACGAUGGAGAUAAGCGAAAAUUGCAAGGAACAACUGAUACCUAAUGAUUAUAUUUUGGAUAAUUACACAAGUCCAAUAGUUGAAUUUCUUCAACAAGAAGAUUCAUCCAUCAGAAGAGAUCCAUUAUAUAUCGUUCUACCAAUCACUGUGAUUUAUGCGGUGAUCUUUGUCACCGGUUUGGUCGGUAAUAUUUCCACAUGCGUAGUGAUCGCGCGUAACAAGUCGAUGCAUACGGCAACCAACUACUAUCUGUUUAGCCUGGCCGUGUCUGAUUUACUGCUGCUGAUAUCUGGUCUGCCACCGGAGAUGUACUAUAUCUGGUCACAUUUCCCGUAUGUGUUCGGCGAAGCGUUUUGCAUUAUUCAAAGCUUCGCUGCUGAGACGUCCGCUAAUGCCACUGUCCUCACUAUCACCGCUUUUACUGUCGAGAGAUAUGUUGCGAUCUGUCAUCCUUUUAUCUCACACACUAUGUCAAAGCUGUCUCGUGCAGUGAAGUUCGUCAUAGUAAUUUGGCUAUUGGCACUAUGCCUGGCCGUGCCACAGGCGAUUCAAUUCGGGGUUGUAUAUGAAAACAAAAAUGGAUCGAUAAUUCUGGAUACAGCUCGAUGCUCGAUGAAAUGGACAUUGAUCGAACAUGCAUUCGAGAUAUCCACUAUGUUAUUUUUUGUCCUACCUAUGACGAUCAUCAUCGUUCUUUAUAUAUUGAUCGCGAUUAAACUAAGACGAUCGAGAAUGUUGACAGCUACUGUGAACAGGAACCAUUUAUCGGUUGUUACGAAUCAUUGGGACAGCGGAAGAGGGAAAAGCGCUGCGCAAAGGAAUGUCAUUCGAAUGUUGAGUGAGUAAAAAUAUUAUAAAGAUUUUAU